AGAUAGGGUUUCUGAUUUGGUCGUGCGGAGGAGGGAGAUGGAGGAGGACGUGACGGGGAGCGGAGGGGGGAGGUUGGGGAAGAGGCCGUCGGAGAGCGGGAUUGAGGUGGACUAUAAGACGAAGGUGGGCACGGCGUGGAGCCACUCCUACCUCAACCAGAAGCCCUGGCACCCACUCUCCUACCCCAACCAACGCCGCAAGUGGAUCGCCGAGCAGACCCACGCCAACCACGCCCGUCGCGCCGACGAGGUCGCCCGCGAGUUUGCUCAGGAGCAAGAGUUCUUUCGGCAGACGGCUCUCUUCUCCAAGAAAGAGAAGGAGAAGGUGGAGAUGAUGAAAGCUGUGAGUUUCAUGUAUGUCAGACCACCUGGUUACAACCCAGAAAGUGCCAAAGCUGCAGAGAUUGCAGAUGAACAGAAGAGAUUGGGUCAAACUAGCACAGAGCAGAACCCUACAGAAGGAACCAGCUCAAUAAAGCCUGAUAUGAAAGCUGCCAAGAGUCAGGCAGGAGAUAAGAAGCCAAGACCAAAAGAUGUCUUUGGUCGGCCUUUACCAACAGAAGAAGAAUUUGAAGUGUUGAAAAAUGCCCCAAGGCUAGAGACUGGUGUACCUGCGAGGGUAAAACCAUUUGGAGUUGAAAUUCGCAACGUAAGAUGUGUAAGGUGCGGAACCUUUGGUCACCAAAGUGGUGAUCGUGAAUGCCCUUUGAAAGAUGUAAUAAUGCCCAAUGAAGAGAGUCGGUUGAAGAGAGAUGAUCCUCUCACAGCUAUAAUGGCACAGACAGAUACUUCCGAGCCCUUGAAGUGGGAACUGAAACAGAAACCAGGUAUGAGCCCUCCUAGGGGUGGUUUCAGACCCGAUGAUCCUAACCAGCAGAUAGUGGCAGAAGACAUAUUUGAUGAAUAUGGAGGAUUUCUGGGUGGAGGCAAGAUUCCUCCGCUUCUCUCCAACUUCUCUGCAGGCAAAUCUAAGAAGCAUUCAAAGCGGAAAAGCAAGCACAAGCACCAUUCAUUGAGAUCUCAUAGCGAACAUGAGAAACGUCGUGAUGGUGAUCAGUCGUCAUCAUCCUUGGACUCCUAUGAAUCUGAAAGUGAUAAAGAAAUUAGGCAGCAAUCCAAGAGCAGGUAUAAGAAGAAACAUCGGACACACACAUCGAUAUCGACUGAUUCAGAAUUCAAAGUUGAUAAGGAAAGGAGGAGGGAUUCAGAGAGCAAGCAUAAGAAACAACGUCGUCGUGAAUCUUCAUCAUCUGCUGAUACUGAAACGGACAGGCAAAGGAGGAAGAAGUCAGCAAGCAAGUAUAAUAAGGGAAGUCAUUUAGAUCCUAAUGCGUCCGACGGUCAUGACUCGGAUCAUUAUCAUCGUCGAAGAAAACACCGACAUCAUCAUCAUCGUCAUCGUGAUCGAGAUGAUUCCAAAUCUGAAUCGGAUUGAGUAACUGUACCAUUUCAAUAAACUGGGUGCGGCAUCAUUGAAUGUUCUUCCUGAAAGCAGGUCUGAGAAGUAUCGAUUCAAAUCACUGUUUGUUUCAUGUCGAGGUGUUGUGAUCUCAGGCACCGAGUUGCACCAGCGUAAAAGACAUUAAAAUUUCUUAAUAUAUACCGAUCAUUUUCGUUUUUA